AUGACGCAGGGGGAGAGCUCCGAUGCUGCCGGCAAGGGUGGGAAGCGUGACUUCUCGACGGCGAUUCUGGAUCGGAAGAAGGCGUUGAACCGGCUGAUAGUGGACGAGGCGGUGAACGAUGACAACUCCGUGGUGGCGCUCAACAUGAAGACCAUGGAGGAGCUGCAGCUCUUCCGCGGCGAUACCGUGCUGCUCAAGGGCAAGAAGCGCAAGGACACGGUGUGCAUCGUGCUGGCGGACGACACGGUGGAGGAGACGCGCAUCCGCAUGAACAAGGUGGUGCGCGCCAACCUGCGCGUGCGCCUGGGCGACGUGGUGUCCGUGCACCAGUGCGCGGACGUCAAGUACGGCAAGCGCAUCCACGUGCUGCCCAUCGACGACUCCGUUGAGGGCGUCACCGGCAACCUCUUCGACGCCUAUCUCAAACCGUACUUCCUCGAGGCGUACCGUCCGGUUCGCAAGGGCGAUCUGUUUCUGGUGCGCGGCGGCAUGCGCAGCGUGGAGUUCAAGGUGGUGGAGACCGAUCCAGCGGAGUACUGCAUCGUGGCGCCCGACACGGAGAUCUUCUGCGAGGGCGAGCCAAUCAAGCGCGAGGACGAGGAGCGCCUCGACGAAGUGGGGUACGACGACGUGGGCGGCGUGCGCAAGCAGAUGGCGCAGAUCCGCGAGCUCGUCGAGCUGCCGCUGCGCCACCCGCAGUUGUUCAAGUCCAUCGGAGUCAAGCCGCCCAAGGGUAUCCUGCUCUACGGCCCGCCUGGGUCCGGUAAGACGCUGAUAGCGCGUGCUGUGGCGAACGAGACGGGCGCGUUUUUCUUCCUGAUUAACGGGCCGGAGAUCAUGUCGAAGCUGGCGGGGGAGAGCGAGAGCAACCUGAGGAAGGCGUUCGAGGAGGCGGAGAAAAACUCCCCCGCCAUCAUUUUCAUCGACGAGAUUGACUCGAUUGCGCCCAAGAGAGAGAAGACUCAGGGAGAGGUGGAGCGGCGCAUAGUGUCGCAGCUGCUGACGCUCAUGGACGGACUUAAGUCGCGCGCGCACGUGAUUGUGAUGGGCGCCACGAACCGGCCCAACAGCAUCGACCCCGCGCUGAGGCGGUUCGGGCGGUUCGACCGCGAGAUUGACAUUGGCGUGCCGGACGAGGUGGGGCGGCUGGAGGUGCUGCGCAUCCACACCAAGAACAUGAAACUCGCUGAAGACGUGGAUCUGGAGAAGAUAGCAGCGAACACUCACGGGUUUGUGGGCGCGGAUCUGGCGGCGCUGUGCACGGAGGCGGCGCUGCAGUGCAUUCGCGAGAAGAUGGACGUGAUCGACCUGGAGGACGACAGCAUCGACGCCGAGGUCCUCAACUCCAUGGCCGUCUCCAACGACCACUUCUCCACCGCGCUCGGCAUCUCCAACCCCUCCGCGCUCAGGGAAACGGUGGUGGAGGUGCCCAACGUCACAUGGAGCGACAUUGGUGGGCUGGACAAUGUCAAGAGGGAGCUGCAGGAGACGGUGCAAUACCCGGUGGAGCACCCGGAGAAGUUUGAGAAGUUUGGCAUGUCGCCCAGCAAGGGCGUGCUGUUCUACGGGCCGCCGGGGUGCGGCAAGACGCUGCUGGCCAAGGCCAUAGCGAACGAGUGCCAGGCCAACUUCAUCAGCGUGAAGGGCCCUGAGCUGCUGACCAUGUGGUUCGGCGAGAGCGAGGCCAACGUGCGCGAGAUCUUUGACAAGGCGCGCCAGUCCGCCCCCUGCGUGCUCUUCUUUGACGAGCUCGACUCCAUCGCCACCCAGCGUGGCAGCAGUGUGGGCGAUGCGGGAGGGGCAGCGGACCGGGUGUUGAACCAGCUGCUGACGGAGAUGGACGGCAUGAACGCGAAGAAGACGGUGUUCAUCAUCGGCGCCACCAACCGCCCCGACAUCAUCGACCCCGCGCUGCUGCGCCCGGGCCGCCUCGACCAGCUCAUCUACAUCCCGCUGCCCGAUGAGGCCUCGCGCCUCAAGAUCUUUGAGGCUGUGCUGCGCAAGUCCCCCCUCGCCAAGGAGGUUGAGCUCGCUGCUCUCGCGCGCUACACGCAUGGGUUUAGUGGCGCUGACAUCACGGAGAUUUGCCAGCGCGCCUGCAAAUAUGCCAUCCGGGAAAACAUUGAGAAGGACAUAGAGAGGGAGAAGCGGCGGGCGGCCAACCCGGAUUCGAUGGAGGAGGAUGAGGCGGAUGAGGUGGCUGAGAUCACAGCAGCGCACUUUGAGGAGGCCAUGAAGUUUGCCCGCCGCUCCGUCAGUGACGCUGACAUCCGCAAGUACCAGGCCUUUGCACAGACCCUGCAGCAGUCACGUGGCUUUGGAUCGGACUUCCGCUUCCCCGACAGACCCGCGUCCGCUCUCCGCGCGACUGCCGGAAGCCGCAACUCCGCGCAGCGGGUGCGACUGUACAGCGGGGCGGCGACGGCAGGCAUGGCGGCGAGCGGGCAGCACUCGCGGUGGGCGGCGGUGGGCGCGUGGGCGGGCAAUGUGGGGAGCUCGGUGGCGCUGGUGAUGGUGAACAAGGUCAUCAUGUCCCGAUACGCCUUCCACUUCGCAACGACGCUGACGGCGCUGCACUUCGCCAUGACGGGCCUAGUGGGCUGGCUGGGAGGCAGCGCUCGCAAGGGCGCGCCCAGUGUGCCGCUGGGGGAGCUGCUGGCGUUCAGCGUUGUAGCGAAUGCGUCUAUAGUGGGGAUGAACUUCAGCCUCAUGCUCAACACCGUUGGGUUCUACCAAAUAGCGAAGCUGAGUGUGCUGCCGACGGUGUGUGUGCUGGAGUGGGCGCUGCAUGGCCGGCACUACUCGCGCUCGGUGCUGGGCGCCAUCAUGCUCGUGCUGGCGGGCGUGGCGGUCUGCACCGUCACUGACGUCUCCAUCCGCCCCACCGGCCUCGCUGUCGCUGCUCUUGCUGUCGCAGCCACGGCCCUCCAACAAGUGGGCAUCGCCAUGCUGCACUCACGGCACGCCAUCAACUCCAUGAGCCUGCUCUCCCUCACCGCGCCCACCCAAGCGGCGUCACUACUGCUACUAGGCCCCUCCACAGACUCGCUGCUGCUGGGAGGCCAGUCCCUGUGGCGCUCUCACUUCAGCACAGCUGCCUGGGCGUUCGUGCUGCUGUCGUGUGUGCUCGCCAUCUUCUGCAACCUCACCCAGUACCUCUGCAUCAACAUACUCUCUCCCACCUCCUUCCAGGUGCUAGGCAACAUGAAGACGGUGCUGGUGCUGGUGCUGGGGUGGAUGCUCUUUGACUCCUCCCUCUCGCCCGCUAACAUGGUGGGCAUGGCCAUGGCAGUCUCAGGCAUGGCGCUCUACUCCUACGCUGCCCAUGGCGGGGGGAGUAAAGGGUCAGCAAGAGUAGCCACUGCAGGUGCUGAUGCAUCCACUAAGAAGCACGCCGGUGACGCGCGGCACCAUCUGUGUGACGCGCGGCACCAUCUGUGUGACGCGCGGCGACACCCGAGCGCGGGUCUUGAGAUCAACAUUCGCUACACGGUUCAGAUUCGCAUUUAUUUUGAUUCUUGCAUCGCCAACAGCAGCAACCAGUUUUCCGCUGAACGGAAGACAGUGUACAUCCUCACGUGGAAGUGCGACCGUGUGCAUUGGAGCACGAGAAGAACCAUUGUGUCAGUAGGAUUUAUCCUUGGACACCAUACUACCAAUCACAUUUCGAGUCAAUCUAUGAACAUGAGCAUGCGGAGUUUUGCCAAGCAGAGGAAGAAGCCCAAUCCAUUUUCGAAAGCCGGUCGGUGGGUCAACGAUUUGUGGAGGGCGCUGCUACUGUAA